UCAUUUCAUUUGCCCUUAUACUAAUUAUUAAUCUAACUAAAGAUGGUGAGGGCUAAAGUAAAGAAAGAGAAAAAAGUGAAAGGGGAUCGUUAUAAGGGUGUUCGUAUGAGAAAAUGGGGGAAAUGGGUAGCUGAAGUACGGCAACCGAAAAGCCGUGACAGAAUAUGGUUAGGUUCUUACGAUACUGCGGAGGAAGCGGCUAGAGCUUAUGAUGCAGCGGUGGUUUGUUUACGUGGACCGUCCGCGAUGAUUAAUUUCCCGGACGAUCCACCGCUGAUUUCAUGUGAUGCUGAUAAUUAUAAGUUGUCACCUUCCGAAAUUCAAGUGAAGGCAUCCAGACAUGCACGUAGUAGUAGUACUAGAGUAAGUGAAGAGUUGGCUGCAGCUGCUGCUACCGUGGUUGUAGACCACCACCACAGCAGAUCAGCAGCUGUGGAGAGUGUGUUUUUUAGAGAUGAUUUGGAGUUUGGAUGUUCUUCUUUAGAUCAUGGGGAAGUAGUGUUGCAUGAUGAUUUGUUUGAUAGUGCUAGAAUGUGGUCCUUUUGAUGGAUGAAUCAAUUCAAACACCUAAUGUUGCUUAUUGAUACGUGGUUGUAUUUGGACUAGAUUAAAAUGUAUUCAAGUUUAGCUUGUAUCCACUUAAAAGUCAAUUUUCUUUUUCAUAGUUUUUAUAUAUUACUCCCUUUUAUUCUAAAUUGUAGUUUUAAUUCAAAUAUAUCAAAAUGUCUUAAAUA